GAAAGGGCAGGCUUCUCCCCAGUUUUCAAGAGUCUGGACUCGAAUCCAGGACUCGUGCCUGCCAGCCUGUUCUCUUCACCUGCUUCCGUCUUGUGGACCUGUUGUCUGGAUGGGGGUCUGAACCCCAGUUCUGCUCUCAGCAGCUGGGCCACUGUGGGAAACUUGCUCACCUUCCCUGGGCCCCCGUGUACUCCCGGGUAACUUGGGGAUAAUUCACCCAUUUCAGGUGAUGUUGGAACAGUGCUCAGCACGGCUCCUGGCCCACGCAAAGCAGUAGCAGUUAUUAUAUUGAUAAUAUUCCAUCCAGUAUCCCCUGUGUUCCCUGAGGGGACUCAGAGGAAGUGGGAGACACAGCCCUGGCCACCAAAGGCUUAUGUCUGGUGGAGAAGGUCUGCCAGCAAUGGACAAGCUGGGCCAAUAACAGAAAUAUACAGGAAACCCUCUGAACAAGAGACUGUCCCGCUGACAUCAGAACUGCCCAGGGGGAGCACCAUGGAAGGCGACUGUCUGAGCUGCAUGAAGUAUCUGAUGUUUGUGUUCAAUUUCUUCAUAUUUCUGGGUGGGGCCUGCCUGCUGGGCAUCGGCAUCUGGGUCAUGGUGGACCCCACCGGCUUCCGGGAGAUCGUGGCCGCCAACCCCCUACUCAUCACGGGCGCCUACAUCCUCUUGGCCAUGGGGGGCCUGCUUUUUCUGCUCGGUUUCCUGGGCUGCUGCGGGGCCGUCCGGGAGAACAAGUGUCUGCUGCUGUUGUUCUUCCUGUUCAUCCUGAUCAUCUUCCUGGCGGAACUCUCGGCGGCCAUCUUGGCCUUCAUCUUCAGGGAGAACCUCACCCGCGAAUUCUUCACCAAGGAGCUCACCAAGCACUACCAGGGCAACAACGACACAGACGUCUUCUCUGCCACCUGGAACUCGGUCAUGAUCACAUUUGGUUGCUGUGGGGUCAACGGGCCUGAAGACUUUAAGUUUGCAUCAGUUUUCCGACUCCUGACUUUGGACAGUGACGAGGUGCCGGAGGCCUGCUGCCGGAGAGAACCCCAGAGUCGGGACGGGGUCCUGCUGAGCAGGGAGGAAUGCCUCCUGGGAAGGGACCUGUUCCUGAACAAGCAGGGCUGUUACACGGUGAUCCUCAACGCCUUCGAAACUUACGUCUACCUGGCCGGAGCCCUCGCCAUAGGGGUGCUGGCCAUCGAGAACUGCCACUCGGAUGUCUUCCACAAGAUCCCUGCCAAGACUUCUCCACCUUCUUCUUGCACACCUCCAAGGACGGGGAGCUUACUACCUCCCAAGACAGGCUUCUCUUUGGACUGCUCUGACUUUAACAUCAGCUCAAUACACGGAAGAGGUUCCUGUUUUUCUGUGGUUCUGUCCAUGGCAUCCCACUUGCUCUCCUUCCCAAAGCGAUAAGGCCACACGUUGUCCCCCCAAGCCCCGUUAUUUCCAGGCUAAAGAACCCCAGGGCACCUCAUGAUUUCUGCUGUGACACGGUUUUCCUGUCCCUUCGCUGUCCAUAGCACAUUUCUGAGUGUUUCCUCCAGGAUCUGGCAGGGAGAGGUUUCCCCACAGACUUACUCACACCCGCACAGCACCCACAGAUCAGCCCCUCAUGUGCAGGUCUCAAAUUCUAGACCAGUGUUAGCAACUCUAUUGCAAGAUGCCUCGACCCUGAUCAAUCAGGAGUGGCUGCCAGAGGCUGUGCGGAGAAUCGGAGGCUUGGCCUGGGCUCAGUGGGGGAGGACAGUGUCAUCUUGAUUAGUGAUGUCUGCCAAACAACUCAAGCUUGUUGAGGGAUGGGCGUGGAAGGGACAGUAUGGUGCCUGCUCUCCUCUCUUCAUUGUCCCUCUUCAGGGUCUGGGAAGAGCCCAUUCUAUCUCAAAGGCCCUGUGCCAGGUUCCAGCCUCCCCUCCAGCUUUCCAGCCACUGGGAGACAGAGCAGUGGCCUAGAGCCCAGCGCUCCCCUGCUCUGCCACCUACCCCCUUCUGAGAUGCGGCCUGAGCUCUGUGCCUGCUGUAAAGAUUUGGUUUGCCCCUCCCCCUAUUUCUCCCCUUCCCCCUUGCACUCGCCCUGCUGUCCUCACCAGUCCUGGCCCAUUGUGGGCUGGGUCUUUCCAGAUUGUCCCUGUGUCAGUCUGCCCUGGCAACUCCAUAAAUGAUGUUAUGAACUCCCUAGUGACUGGGCAACCCCAGGACCCAGGGGGCCGUGCAGCUUGCACCCCAGCGCAGGUCUCUAGACCACCCACAAAUUGGCUUCAACUUCCUGGCAGAGGCAGAGGGCUGGUGUGUGGUUGACAAAGAAAAAAAAAAAAAAUCCGGCUGGCUAGGCAGGGCUUAGGGUCAAAUUGGGCAGCUGUGUGACUUCGGUCCAGGGGCGCCCCAGGCAUCAGGGCCCCAUCUGGUCCCCACUGCCCAGGAGAAUCUGGGGCCUUCAAGGUAAGAAGAGCCGGGCAUCGGGCACCACCCCCUCCGGGCCCCCGAGAAGAAAGGAUGGUCGUGGAGGAACACCUGGGGGAGGCGGGUUUGAGGGCAGAUGUAACACCCUCAUCCCCAAGGGCUCUCCAGAAAGGGGCCAAGGAGCCCUGAUCUGCCCCCGCUGACCACGUUCUGGGGCCGGAAAAGGGAAGCAGGCGUCGCUGCUCUGUAGCAUUAACGCAGGCUGGGAGCUAUCUGCAAGGCUCCCAGCGGCCGUUCUCGGGGGCACGAGAAGGCAAAGGCCAGCGGCCACAGCCCCUAAUAGGUGCAGAUGGCAAUUUGGGGGCUGCUGGGAGGCGGGAGGGUAGGAAGUCUCUGUGCUGAGACUUCCUGAGCCCGCUAACAGGCCAGGUGCCAGGGGAGACCUUGCACUUGGUCACAUACCCCACCCAGCACCGAAGGCCACCUUCCCUGCUUAGUGGCUGGGCACUGGGGCCCCUCCCCAGCCUCCCUUGUCCCCUCUCUCCUCUCCAUGCCUAAGGGACCCAGACAGGAUCCC